AUGACUACCACCGCUCACACGCCUACACCACUAUCAACUACUUCUCCUCCAACGGCGUCUUCGGCACUUGAUCUGUUACGUCCUUCCUCCUCGUCAGACCUCACUCUCGAUGAAGAGAUACAAAUUUUUGAGAAGUAUGCUUCAAUAGAGAAAAACGGACAAAAGUACAUGUCGCGCGACGAUUUUGUUGCCGCGAUCGCCCAUGCGGAAGAUAACAAGAUCAUAAUGGAACAAUCCGUCGUUCUAUUUAGUGUCGCCGACACAAAGCGAAAGGGUCUUCUUUCCCUAGAAGAUUUUGUGGCUUUUGCAAACCUUCUUUCUAAACCGGAUGCAGGAUAUGAAAUAGCAUUCCGCUUUUUUGAUCCUAAUGGCACUGGCAAAAUUACUUUGGAUCAAUUCCGAAAAAUCAUCACCACUCGUUGCAGCCAAGAUAGCUUACCCUUCGACUUCAAUUGUGAUUGGCUCAAACUUUACGUUGGUAGUGAAGGAAGUCGUUCGCGCGAACUUACAUAUGAGGAGUUUUCUCAAUUACUUAAAGACUUCCAAGCCGAACGUUUACGCCAAGGAUUCAAGCAUUAUGAUUCUAAAGGGAUAGGCCAUAUUACGGCCGAUGAUUUUGAGAAGAUCAUAAUUUCAAUAGACAAAUAUAAACUUUCUGAUUUCCUGAUAAAUAAUCUUCCAACAAUACGUAAUUUAUCAGUCGAUAAUCACAUAUCUUACGCAUUAGCUGUAGCAUUCUAUAAUGUCAUUCGACAGAUAGACAUGGUUGAUCGUGUUGUCUCCACCGCCAUCGCUCAGUCUCCCGAUCGCAAAAUAACAAAACAGGAUUUUCUGAACGCUUCUAAAUCAACGAAAUGUUCUAUGUUUACACCAUUAGAAGCCGACAUUAUCUUUCACUUUGCUGGAUUGGGUAAUACGUCUGAUAGACUAGAACAAAAAGAUUUUUCUCGAUUUCUAAAACCAGAAUGGUAUCAACCUCAGCAAAUUAGGCGAACAGUUACUGUAAAACGAAAGGAAGGCGUGCUUGGACAAUUUUUACAUCAAUUGUACUCUUUUACCCUCGGAUCUAUGGCUGGGGCAGUAGGUGCUACCGCGGUAUAUCCGAUUGAUCUGCUGAAGACAAGAAUGCAGAAUCAGAGGACCAUGGUAGUAGGGGAGUUGAUGUAUCGUAACAGUUUUGAUUGUUUUAAAAAAGUUGUUAAAAAUGAGGGCUUUUGGGCAUUAUAUAGCGGACUUGGGCCACAACUGAUUGUAUCACCAGAGAAAGCUAUUAAAUUGACGGUAAAUGACUAUGUCAGAUCACUUACAAAAGAUAAGGAAACCGGCGAAAUACCCCUCAAGUACGAAAUACUUUCCGGGGCAUCGGCAGGUGCUUCCCAAGUUGUCUUUACAAACCCGCUAGAAAUCGUAAAAAUUAAUCUUCAGUUACAAGGUGAAACCGCUCAAAAAGACACAGCCAUAAGAAUCGUCCGUAAGCUUGGUCUGCUCGGUCUUUUCAAGGGCUCUCGUGCCUGCCUCUUGCGAGAUGUACCUUUUUCGGCAAUUUAUUUUCCCAGUUAUGCGCAUCUAAAAAAGGACUUUUUUAAAGAGGGUCCUAAUCACAAACUCGAUAUUACCGAACUUCUCCUCGCCGGUGCUAUUGCUGGUAUGCCGGCAGCAUACUUUGCAACACCUGCUGACGUAAUCAAGACACGACUCCAAGCCCAACUCUUGCAUCCAAUACCCGGGCAAGCGCCUUAUAAGGGUCUUGUCGAUUGCGCUAAGACGAUCUACCGGGUCGAAGGAUUUACAGCUUUUUUCAAAGGCGGUCCUGCCAGAGUUCUUAGGUCAUCACCGCAGUUUGGCGUAACAUUAAUGGUUUAUGAGUUAUUGCAGAGGUGGCUUCCGUGGAAUGUUUCGGGGGCGUCUGCAGGGAAGAGUAUAGAGUCAUCGGAUUUGGGAUAUCUACGUAAUAGAGACGGAUUGAGGAUUCUAUCGGAUUUGGGUUACAAAUUCGGAGUCCCUCCGAUCUGA